AUGACGACGCACUAUACACCGCUAUACGUGCUCUUCAUUUUCGUCACCUGCGUCUCAGCAGAGGGCUGGGAUGAUUUUGCAAAUAAUCUUGCCACCGACUUGGCACCGUUAAUUACACUUUUCGGAGAGCAAAUUACCAGGCAGUGCCUUUCCGAGUCGAUUUCGGCUCUCGACGACUUCAUCUUUGCUCUAGCCCCGCUAGGCGUCCUGACAGCUGUGGUGUCCGUGAUCCGCGUCCGUGGUAAUUCGACCGUUCGGGCUUUCAUAGGCAGAGCCCAAGAAGACCCUGGAGCUGCUGAGAGGGAGCUUCUCUCGUGUGUGUCAGAUUCAACAGCCGAGAUUUUCAGCAACUCCGGUGUUGCGAGGAUCACAGGAAACCCAAAAAUCUUAGAAGUACUCGUGGAUGAAAAUCCCGAUACCGAUGAGAAUGUCAGUAUUCAAAAAGUUAGUGAGGGUGUUGGCAAAGACUGGCCACCUGACUUGGAUGAUGACAUCCGAUUGCCAAAUCUGUCCUUAAACAAGGGGAUAAGGAGGCGAGCUCCUUUUUGGUUUCAUUUGUCUGCUGCUUUUGGCGUCGGUCUGCAGGGUGGGGUCAUUGUUUUUGCUGGUCUCACAGUCUUUCGCUGGCCAUAUGUCUUUCAGAAAGAUGGCCAUGCUGUAGAUGGCUAUGCAUUUCCUAUGUUUGUCGUCGGUACUUUUAUCCUUACCCUAGGCAUGUUUUUUUGUGCCCUCGCCGUCGAAACUUCUUCCAAAAAACAUGUUAUUCCCUUGCCAGACGACAGCAGAGUCUACUGGGUUCAGCCAGGGAACCAGAUGGUGGGCGAUCAAGUAUUUCCUCCUUUUGUUGGUUGCACCAAAAAGGGGGCUCGUCUCAUCCGCUCAGUAAAACAUCAUUCGCCAACCGAAAUUUUGAACUAUGGAAAAGAAUUAUCCCUUCUCUCCAUAGUAAUGCUUGCAAUGGUCGGAUUUGUGAUGCAAUUCAUUGGUCUGCGCGGCUUGCAUUCUUCCAUAACUCUGGCUCAAUUAGGCUCCACCAUGAUAAUGACUCUGGUAAGGACCAGUCUUCGUGCCCAGAGAAUGCAUGAAGGUGAUAAUAUGUUGGAGAAUGAUGAGACAUUGGUUUUAAGUGGGGGUCACGAAUUAGACUGGCUCACAUUUUCUCUCAUGAAGAUCCAGUCAUUUCGAGUUUGCCCAAUGGCCAGCACUGAAAUACAGGGCCCUGAAGAGCCGUCACAGCUUGCACAAGAGUGUGUAGAAAAACGCAGAACAUUGCGACGCCUCACCAGUGCAAACUGGGACGAGACGCCAAUACGAAAAAUGGCAAUUAAACUAGCACAAGCCACUCAUGAUUUGAUGAACCUCGUGCAUUUAUGGACAGAUGGCAGAGUUUCAAUUAUUAAUGUCAACAUUCCGAUUGAAGUUCGAGAUGAAACUCUCUCUGGAAAAAUACGCAACGAUUGGAAGAUAACCCUAUCCAUUGGCGACAAACAAAAUUCUCAUGCAAAAUCGUGGGAGGCCAUACUUGGGCUUUACGUAUGGUCUAUUAAGCGAGCUAAUCACGACCUAGGAGAAGUGCCUCAUGACCUCUUUUUUAGGAUCUUCCAAAUGAAGAAUAAGAAUCCCCACCAAACACGUCUACUAUUACAGAAAUGGUCCAACAACGCUCAGAUAAUCGAUCGGAACCAGGAACCAGUUAAUGCUCUCAGGGAUUGUCAGACAUUUGGCCAUUCAAAUAUUCAAUCUAGGCCGCAACCCGGAUUUUAUGGGGUGCCAGUCACAGUGCCCUCAAGUCUCGAUAUGCUUGCAGCUCAAGACAUUUACACGCACAUUCUAUUAUCGGUUUUAACCGACUUGACAAGUAUUGGUGGCAAGACCUGUGUUUCGGGCAGCGAUAAAAACAACUUCAGAGUACACAAUGAUCGUGUCGAUAAAUUGGCAACAGCAUUUCAAAACUCCGGCCUGGGAGAUUUUAGUGAAGGUCUUUUAUGCAUUCUGCCGGUCCUUUAUAGUCGAAAACUGCUACCUGACAUUUCAACCGAUUCUCUCGAAGUGCGUCAACAGCUGGAAGAUUUUGUCAGGGAACAAGAUCAUUACAGGGCUUUCACUAUGAGCGAAUGGUUGUGCUGCUUGGAUGAUCAUGGAAAUGUCGAGAGUUCGCUGAUCGAAUACGGAUUUCUAUGUUUACGCGGUCUCAUGAAUCCAGAUUUCGGAAUGAGGAGGCUUUCUAUUGAACGAAUCGUGGACGUUGUGAAUUCAACACACGACGGACAUUCCCUCACAUUCGAAUCUACGUAUUUGAGUCGUGUUGCCAGUAUUCCUUCGCUCGAAUGGUGGGAAAAGUUUCGGAAUGAGAUGCAUUGUAUGGCAACGUGCAUAAGUCAAUACCAAGUCAAAUACAACCCGGAAGAGCGAACCAUGCAAUCCCUAGGUGAAAUGGAAAGACAACUCAGCCUAGUAUCGCCAAACAAUAGAAUAUAUCACAAUUUAGCGGCAGCUGCAGAGUGUCAUACUGCUUUUCUUGAUCUGUGGUUUGGCUUAGGCGGCUGGGUUACGUCGAAUAACAGCGGCUUUUCGUAUCACGGGGUCCUCGACUGCCUUAUACGACACAAUUACAAGAACAUUCUUGAGUGGCUCAUUAUGCGAGUUAUCAACGAAGCAUCGUCGGGUUCCAGCGAGGAGGAAAUAGCUGGAAUGAUGAUCUAUGCUGCUGGCAAAGAAUAUACUGACGUCAUCCAAAUGCUGUCUCGCCAUAGUGAAAAGGAACAUGUUCGAGAUGAUAUAGUCUUGAUUCUAGCGUCACAGGGAGACGUACAAACUCUCGAGAUGCUCUUCGACUCUUGGAAUGGCGACACUCUGAUGAAGGUCCGCGAAAUAGCCUUACUUCGCGCAGCUGAGAAAAAGCAGCGAUCAGUGAUUGAAAUUAAUCUUCAAAGGGGGGUUGAUGUUGACGCAUGUGGCGAAGACGGGGAAACUGCUUUAUUGAAAGUCGCGGCCCAAGGCGAUAUCAACAGUGUCACUCUACUUCUUGCAGGUGGAGCUGCACUAGAGAAACGCGAUCCCGAUCAGAACACUGCUCUAAUAGUUGCUGCAACGAGGGGUCAUGUGGCGGUAGUUGAGCUUCUUGUUGAAAACGGAGCUGAUAUUAAUACCAUUGGAAAUAGAGGUAGAACAGCAUUGAUCGCUGCGGUUCGGAUACGGAGUCUCCCCACACUACAGUAUCUCUUAUCCCGAAAAGCUGAUAUUCACAUACAAGACCAUGACCAGUCAACUGCUCUGGACGAGGCUACAUACGCAGGUUGGAACGGUCCUUGGUUAGAAGGCUGCGCCCUGUUAGAAAGGGCGGGAGCAAUUCAUAAAAUGAAUAGAUAG